AAAAUAAACAUAGGUGUUUUUGGAUCGUGUUAAUUGAGAGUUCUGCAGAAUUAACAAUAUUUAAUCAAAUUUGGUGAUCUGAAGCUGUGUUUCGAAGAUGAGAAAAAAUCAGUCAUUGAAAUGUGAUAAAUUAAUUUACAUUUAGCUCAGUUUGUAAAGUUGUUCUCAGGCACGAAUCAUAAGCAAGUGGUUACAGCAAAACAGCUAAUUUUGCAGAAGACCUCAGGUGACAAAAAAUUUCAAUCUUGUCUUGGAGAUCUUAAAAUCUGCUCAUCUCACAUCUAAGUAGCAACAUCAAACGUGAUGUCAAAUUUGGAACAGUGUGUCCACAAGCAGUCAGUUUGUUGUUGCUGAGAAAAAUGCAUGGUAAGGACAUUUCUUUGAGCAAAGCAUUGUCAUGGAUUUUGCGCCAUGGUGCAGUUAAAGAAGGGCUAGCCAUUACUGAAGAUGGUUUUGUGGCAGUGGAGGAGAUUCUGAGCCAUAAAUCUUUUAGAAACUAUCAGUUAUCGGAUAUACAACGUGUCGUGGCAGAAAAUGAAAAGCAGAGAUUUGCAUUACGAACAGAUACUGAGACAGGGACACUUUACAUUAGAGCUAAUCAAGGUCAUUCAAUACAGGCCAUACAGAAGUUGGAUCUUGAUCCAAUACUAGAAUCUUCAAACACUCCUGUGGUUAUACAUGGAACAUACAAGAAGCACUGGGAAAAGAUUAAGCAUGAAGGUCUGAGUCGCAUGUCAAGAAUGCACAUUCAUUUUGCUCCUGGUGAGCCUGGCAAGGAAGGAGUUAUAAGUGGCAUGCGUAAAUCAGCUGAUUUGUAUAUCUACAUUGAUAUGCCAAAAGCUCUUGCAGAUGGUUUGAAAUUCUACAGAUCCUCAAAUAAUGUUAUACUGAGCCCAGGAAAUGACAGUGGGUUAAUACUACCAAAAUACUUCAAAAAGGUUACAGAUAAACACGGAAGAGAAUUAGAAGUGUGACUCAAUGAAUACAGUAAACAUGUAAAUAUUUGUCAGAUCUGUACAGACAGAGGAGAAAGGAGGGCGACUAAUUUCUGUAAAUAAAAAUGCACAUUGUUUCUAAAAAAUAA